AUGGAACAAAAUGUUGAUAGAGCUUGGUAUUUAGAUUUGGGCGAACCAAGUCAUUUGAUUAAUUCCAAAAAAUUUUUUUCUAAUUUCCAUUCAGGAUUAGAACACGAGAAAAAAUUUAUGAAAAAUAAAGCUAAUCUUGCUGAAAAACUUACUGAAGAACAUUACAAUACAAUAACAGAAACAUGCAGUGUCCCACAAGAUAAUGAAAUAUCUAAUCAAUGUUUUAUAGAUCCAACUAUUUUCUCUAUAGAUUUGCAAGAAAUGUUAAAUGGUUUACCUUUGGCGAGUUUAAAAAAUGAUGCUAAAUUUAAAGCACCUUUUAAAAAACGAACGGAUUUAAAUUAUAUUACAUCGACUGCAAAUAGCAAUCGUGUAUUGAACAAGAAUGAAAAAAUCAUUGAAGAAGAAGGUACAAACGAAAUCAUAUAUUCAGUGGCUUUCUACAAUCAGGGGAAGCCUUCGUCACGUAUGCAAGAAUACUUGGUGUUAGGAAGUCAACCAUUGUCAAUUCUAAGAGAUGUAUUUUAUUGUAUUAGAGAUUUUUACAAACCUGAGAACAAUAUUGGAGGAAGUUUAAAUGUAAGUUUGAACAAUGAAGAGAGGAAAAAUCCAUCAAGUUAUUUUUUUAUUGAAGAUGUGUUUUAUAAUGAUUUAAGAGAGCUAGAUGCUAUUGAUUACAGCAAACAUCAAGAACCUGGACUUGCACUUUACCAUAGUGCAAGAAUGGAGAAUACAUUAUUUAGAGAUCUUUCAAUAAAACUUAAUAAACCUUACCUGUUUUUACAUCAAGAUGAUUGCCAACAUGCCGUGGUAUUUAGAGACAUUAGAUUAAUGAAAAGUUAUGAUGAUUCAAAUAUUUGUGUUUAUCCAAAAGCCAUAUUUCGUGGUAGGAUACAUCGUAAUAAAUGUCGGAUGUGCGUACAAAGGCCUGCAGUGGUGGUGGCAAUUAAUGAUUUUUUGGCAGGCGAAACGCCUUCUUAUUUUUGCGAAGUCUGUUAUGAUUUGUUUCACUAUGAUGAAAAUAAUAAAUUGUUAUAUGAUAAUUUUGAGGUGAUAAUUUAA